AUGACACCAAACCCGCACACCUACGGCUGUAAUUGCCGUCUGGCGCCAUUACCACUUCUUUUCAAUGAGGUCGGGAUGCCACAAGUUGCCUCUCAGUUCUUCUAUUCGUCGACGAAACCAAUCAACGAGCUGCUAUCAAAACAGGGCUACAGUAGCACUUCGGACACCAAGCCUGUGAAGCGACAACUCCGGCCAUUUGAUCGUGGCGACAACAAUGCACUGGAGAAGGCAUGGAUGAGUCUAUCAUCGGAUCACUGCCGUAGUGAGCACGACGCAAUCAGAGAAGGUCAAUAUGGAGCUAUUAGUGUCAGUCAGGGGCUUUUGCGAAGACGACAGAAACUCGUGACAGUUCUCGCUUCGAAGCACCUCGAACUGCACGCCGGCGCCUUACAUCCGCUGCUUUUGAAUGAAAACGAUACGAGCACAAGUGCAGAAAUGGAUGGGCUGUCACCAUGCUGCCCAGCUUUGAGGUCUGACAUCUCUGAAAUGCUGCAACUGAGCUUCUGCGCUUUACUCUGCACGGCCUACCCGGAAUUCGCUAUCGAAGACAUGGAGCGGGAAGUAAUUGACGUCAUGUUGUCUACAAGCCAAAGACAUGCCUUGAGCUCUGAGCAGGAUUCAGUUUCUGAUGAUAUGUCCGCAAAGCGAAGAGAUCCCACUUCUCCUGAAAUACAAGCUGCGCCGGCUACGGCCGUUGGAAGGCUCGCAACAAGAUGUGGACGACCUCGUUCAUCAUCAGGGACGACAUCGAGCUCACUAGGCCAAAUCAAUAUCGAUGUGCGUGGAUCAACCCACUUACCAGGAACGCGUGUUGGACCGCCUGGAAAACCUUUUAUUCAGGCUGGGGGGAAGUCCACUUUGACAACACCAGAUUCCUUAAUCUCGGGUGGCCGCCAACAGCUGUUUGGUAAACGCCACAGUGAUGAUUCUAUCGCAUUCCCUCAAGACGAGCGUGGCUCAAAGAAAGAUAUUGAGAAUGAUCCGAGUGUCCUGGACGUUGUUGUGGUCAAUGAUGUGGCUGUUGUAAUGCGAGCUACUUGGUUCUAUAGAGAUACUAUGAUGCCUGUGGCUCCCUUGGUAGCAAAUCAAUUGGAAGCUGGUUAUCAAGAGCUGCAGCCAUGGACGGAAACGUGGGGAGAUGAAUUAAAAUGUGCCGUCGAGGUUGGGUCUCUUGGCGAGGAGAAGAUUUCGCAUUGCCUUUGGCCCCAAGACUCGAAGUAUUUCAGCAACACGAUGCAGAAACGGGAGCCCAAAAUAUCUACCAAGGUGUUCUGCUCUGCACACUGUUGUCGAGGAGAUGCUGCUGCCCAAGGAUCCCUUGAUCCCGUAAUUGAAGGGUGCUCUUCAAACACAGAACGGAUAAGUCGAGCCUUUGCAAAUUUCCAUGUUAUUUAUAAGGACGAAAAACUUGCUUUUCUGUUGAAACCUAGCCUCAGACCUUCUGCUUACUACGGAAGAAGGCCGGCGUCAAAGAUUGUCAAAGGCUUCACUGUUGGCAUCCCCAUUGUACGAGGCUUUGAUCCACAAGCCUGGGAACGUAUUCAUGGUCGUUGCGGGGUUUCUGCUCCGGACAAAGAAACAACGCACACUUAUGAGAACAACGAAGGUCAACGCUGCGAUGCAUGUGAAGCUGAGAAAGACGAGGGUCAGGUGACGGACCUGAUUCUUGUUGCACACGGCAUCGGUCAAAAAUUUGCAGAGAGGGUCGAGAGUUUUCAUUUUACACACGCCAUCAACGGUUUCCGACGCGCUGUCAACGACGAGCUGCGCAAUCCCAUUAUUCAACGCCUUAUGCGUCAAGGCCAGAACGGUGUUAUGAUACUACCACUUAAUUGGAGGGUGGGGCUUUCUUUUGAGGAUGGAGGCCCAGCAAGCCAUCAAACUAGCGAACACCAAAUGAACGAAUCAUUUGGCCUGAAAGAUAUUGAGCCGAACACUAUUCCUGCAGUUAGAAGUAUGAUCUCUGAUGUCAUGUUUGACAUACCGUUUUACAUGUCGCAUCACAAGAGCAAAAUGAUCAGUGCUCUCGUGUUUGAAGCGAACAGAGUCUAUCGGCUUUGGUGUCGAAAUAAUCCAGGGUUUGCAGACAGAGGAAGAGUUCAUAUUAUCGCGCACUCUCUCGGUAGCGUCAUGGCAGUUGACAUACUUUCUCGACAGCCAACGGAAGUGCCACGUUUGGAUCUGAAACGAACUGAGCCAGAAACGCAAUUUUUCGAGUUCGAUACGACUAAUCUCUUCCUCUUGGGAAGCCCAGCUGGCUUCUUCCUUCUCCUCGAGCAUGGGUCCUUGACGCCAAGGCGUGGACGACAAAAACCAGGGGCAGACCCCAGAGAUAUAAUGGAUCAGCACAUUGUAAGUGACGCUGGUAAGUUCGGCUGCCUGGCUGUGGAUAACAUCUACAACAUUUUGGCUAAAGAAGACCCCAUUGCGUACUUGUUGAACGGAGCGGUGGAUCCGGCAUACGCCGCAGCACUCAAACCAGCCUAUGUUCCAAGCACGUCAACAUCCAUUUUCAAGUCGAUGGGCGAUGUAAUGCGACUAAUUGUGCCAGGGUUAUCUCUGCCGACUGAUCCACUAGUCACACAUCCAGAGAGACCAUCCAGAAUGCGGCUUCCCUCUCAGCUAGAGUUGGAGGUUCAUGAUUUCACCCGUGAAGAGAUCGCCGAGAAGAAGGCGUUCCUACUGAAUGACAAUGGCCAAAUUGAUUGGUUUUUAAGAUCUGGAAACGGUCCAUUAGAGAUCCAGUAUCUUAACAUGCUCAGUGCACACACAAGUUAUUGGAUUAAUCAAGACUUCGUUCGUAUGUUGUGUCUGGAAAUUGGGCGGCGACCGGGACGGAAUUUUUCGGUCCCAGGCAUGAGAGCUAUGAAAAAGACGAAGCAAUUUUCAUUGGAGACGUGA